GCACAGAUUGAAUGCAUUGGACGCAUGGAAUUAAGUGACUAUGUGACGUCAUUAGUGAUCUUCAUUCUUCAUGGUCGUUUUCUUUCUUAUGCCUUCGCGUCUCUGGAGGUUGGAAUCUUCUGGAGUCUUCACAAAACCUUCGUCACGGUUACAUUAUCGGUGAAUACCUGUUCUAUAGUGUCGAUAUCAUCAGUCGAAGCAGCUCAUAGAAAAGAAUGGAGUUUCGACAGAAAUACGUGACAUUCGCGCUUCAAUGAGUCGAAAGUAAUGCAGACCGAACUAUUUAUCGGCGCGAUUACAGUUUUCGCUUUGUAAUUUGUUGCUACGAUGUAAACAGUUCGCAAGUGUAGUAGUAUAUGUAGAUACAGCAGAAGUGUGUGUUUGUCGAUGUAUUUUAAUUAACACCAUUUUAAGUCAUAACUCAUAAAUGUCUGCUGGUUCGGAGAGCAGUAGAUCAUGAAUCGGUGUGCCCGCGAUCGCUACGAAUUUUUCUUGAGUUGGAUAUUGAUAGCGUAAUUUAAUGAUGUUCUUACUAUUGUGCAUAAGCAUUUUCUUAUUUACAUGCAAUGCGGCAAAUCCUCGGUGUAAAGAUGAAAAUAAUCAAGUUGUCGAUUGGUAUGUGCUUUACAAGUUGCCGAAGGUAUCGGAAAGCAGCAAUCCUAUGAUUAGAAAUGGAACAGCGUAUUUAUAUAUGACUAAUAAUACUGUUGCUGAAGGUUGGCAGUUAUCUACGAAGAAAAUUAGCGCAAAAAAUUCCAUACCAGGAAAUACUUUAGCAUCUUUAUACAAAGACUCAAUAGCAUCGAAGACUUUUUGGGUCUUGUACAAUGAUGAUCCGCCUAAUAGAUCUACCAAUGCAAAAUAUGGUCAUACGAAAGGCGCUGUGAUGACGAACAAACAAGAGGGUUUUUGGUUAAUACAUAGCGUUCCGAAUUAUCCACCCAUACCCAACAGCGGUAAUGAUACAAGACAAGGACAAGUGAAUUCGACUCUGGGAAACCGAUCUGAAUAUGAUUAUCCGACAUCCGGAAUGAAUUAUGGACAGAGCUUUUUGUGCAUCUCUGUGGACGACGAUCAAUUCGAUCUUAUCGGUCGACAGUUGAUGUAUAAUCAAAUAAUAGCGUAUAGGAGAAACAUCCCUGCUGCAUUCGCCGCGACGUUUCCGGUGCUUACGAACGCGGCUAAUCAGAAGCGUAUUAGACAAGCACCUUUUAUCAGCAAAACACUGUUAAAAUCAUCUGGCGGUGUUGAAUUCGUAUCAUUUGCCAAGAGCGAUAAGUGGCAGAAAGAUUUGUACGAAGAGUUCGUUGCGCCGAUGUUAAAAACAGAUUUAUUUGCCGAAACAUGGUUAAAUGGACGAGGUAGAUUGCCAUCGGAUUGCAAACAAGUAAAAGUGUACAAUAUCAUGACCAUUCAUUUGGCACCAGUUAACAUCGAUUUUAAGAGUAGUCGCGAUCAUUCCAAGUGGGUGGUGGCUGUUGAAGGUAAAGCUAAUCAAACCUGGACUUGCAUAGGUGAUAUUAACCGAGCAGAUACUCAAUACAUACGAGGCGGUGGAACUGUCUGUUUCAACAAUCAGAAAGUCUGGAAUAAUUAUCGAAAAGCGGUGAAUGACGUGGAACCAUGUCCUAAGCAAUAUGGUAUAAGACAAUUUUAAUUUAACGAAUUUAAUUAAUUUGGACCAGAGAAUAAUAGAUUCUAGAAGAUCUAAUAAUUUUAUUCCCACUGCACAUACGCUGGGUAUAUUCAGAACGACAACCACUCAUUGAGCGCUCAGUGAACGGUUAUCAUUGUCAUUUUGAAUGCACACAUUGUAUAUAAUUGAAAUAUAUUAUAAUCAUGAAUUAUAUAGACAUAU